AUGCAUCGCGGUGACAGCUCCGGGUCCUCGUCCUCAGCGGAAAGUGUCAAGUCUGAGCAAGAAACCGUGCCCGUCAAACCCUCCGGCAAAGACUUCUACAAAGUGCUGGGAGUGUCUCCUGAAUCCAACGAGGACGAGAUCAAAAAGGCCUACAGGAAACUGGCUCUGAAGUUUCACCCCGACAAGAACAGUGACGCUGAGGCCGAAGACAAGUUCAAAGAGAUCGCAGAGGCGUACGAGAUCCUGACAGACCCCAAGAAGAGGGCCAUCUACGACCAGUUCGGAGAAGAAGGUCUCAAGAAUGGCGUGACAUUGACCAGUCACGGCAACCUCUUCCGCAGUAAUGUCCCCACCGAUUCCUUCUCCCACGGCUACGAACACUUCGACAUCUUCUUCGGCCAGGACGACGACGAACUCUUCAAACCCUUCAGACGCUUCCCCCACAGCCGCCACCAACCGUCCGCGGUCCACGAGCUGCCGGUCACGUUAGAGGAGGUCCUGCAGGGCUGCACCAAACACGUGAAGAUCACCCGCAAACGCCUCAAUCCCGACGGCUGCAGCCUGCGGUCGGAGGACAAGGUGCUCAACGUGGUGGUGAAGAAAGGCUGGAGGGCGGGCACCAAGAUCACGUUCCCCCGAGAAGGCGACGAGACGCAGAACAAGGGCCCCGCCGACGUCACGUUCGUUCUGAAAGACGAGGAGCACCCGCAGUACAGGAGAGAGGGCGCCAAUAUCGUCUACACCGCCAAGAUCACCUUAAAAGAGGCGUUGUGUGGCUGUACCAUCAACGUGCCUACCCUUGACAGCCGAAUGAUGCCUUUACCCUGCAGUGACAUUAUCAAACCUGGGGCCACGAGACGGCUCCGUGGCGAGGGGCUGCCUCUGCCCAAGAGCCCGUCACAAAAAGGAGACUUGGUGGUGGAGUUCCAGGUGCUGUUUCCGGACAGGAUCCCACCUCAGUCCAGAGAGAUCAUCAAACACAGCUUGGCCAAAUGCUAA